GUAAUACAAACACGAUUAUAAAGAUUAAAGAAGUUCUUUAUAAUCGUGAAUACUGAAUAGUCUGAAUAUAAAUUUAAAAUCACUGAAUCACUGACACAGUGACACAUUGAACCACAAUAUUUUGUACUUCAUGUUAUUAUUUUUAACCAAGUUCCAUCACUUACUUCUGUUUAUAAAGUAUUUAAAUUAUUUGUAAAUUAUAAUUACCUACUUGAAAAAAUCAGACAAUUCAAUUAAAAAACAUCAAAAUGUGUGACAAUGAUCAUAGAAGAUGGAAUCAUUUGAAGAAGAUCUUGGAACGUUCCAGUCCAUUCUGUCAUCCUGAUUUUGAACCGGGCACAGGCAUAUUAGAAUUUUUACAAAAUUCCUGUAAACUACUUGUGGUCGGCGCUGGUGGAUUGGGCUGUGAAUUACUUAAAGAUCUCGCAAUGAUGGGAUUUGGAGAUGUCCAUGUUAUAGAUAUGGACACUAUAGACUUGUCUAAUCUAAACCGUCAGUUUUUGUUCCGUAGGAAGGAUGUAAACAGUUCUAAAGCAGAGGUUGCAGCAAAAUUUAUUAACGAACGUGUGCCUACAUGCCGUGUUACACCUCAUCAUUGUAAAAUACAAGACAAGAGCGAAGAUUUUUAUAGGAAUUUUCAUUUUGUAGUGUGUGGUCUUGAUUCUGUUGUUGCUCGUCGAUGGAUUAAUGGAAUGCUUAUAUCUUUGUUAUCAUACGAUGACAACCAGCAACUUGACAAUUCCACCGUAAUACCAUUGAUUGAUGGUGGCACUGAAGGUUUCAAAGGAAAUGUACGUGUUAUAAUACCCGGAAUUACUCCUUGUAUUGAUUGCACCCUAGACUUAUUUCCGCCACAGGUGACUUAUCCAUUAUGUACCAUAGCAAGUACACCUCGUUUACCUGAACAUUGUAUAGAGUAUGUGAAAUUAAUACAAUGGCCGAAAGAAAACCCAUUUGAUUCCAACAUUGAUACAGACGAUCCAGUUCACAUUAGUUGGAUUUAUGAGAAAUCCCUUGAACGCGCUGAUGAAUUUGGAAUAAAUGGAGUUAAUUAUCGAUUGGUUCAAGGUGUUAUUAAAAAUAUAAUACCAGCAGUAGCAUCAACAAACGCUGUGAUAGCUGCUGCUUGUGUUACUGAGGCUUUCAAAGUGGCCACUAGUUGUUGUCCAUUAUUAAAUAAUUAUGCUGUAUUCAAUAAUGCUGAUGGUAUAUACACCUAUACAUAUGAAGCCGAACGCAAAUCUGAUUGUAUUACUUGUAGUCCACGUAAAGCCAAAUAUCUCGAUAUAGAUGACACAAAUAUGCGGCUGGAAAAAAUUAUUGAAAUACUUUGCGAACACCAGCAGUAUCAGAUGAAGAACCCUGCACUCACUAUAGAAUUAGAUGGAAAAAGAAAAACACUGUACAUGCCAAACGUGCCUUCCAUUGAAUUAAAAACUAGGCCAAAUCUAAAAAUGACACUUGAACAAUUGGGUAUUGCUGACGGAUGUAAAUUAUUAGUGGCUGAUAUCACAAACCCUAGAGCUUUUGAAAUUAUUCUUAAAAUCAAGAACAACUGUGUUAGCAUGGAAUAAUAUUAUACUUUUUUGAAUAUUUACUUUAAUACUAUUCUGCAAUAAAUAGUUUAAUACAAUUAUAAACAUUAAACUUUUCAUUAUAUUAUGAAUGUUUAACAUUAUUUAAUAUUAGUUAAAUUGUGUAAUGUAAAGCAACCCAAUUGUUUUUAAAAUAAUGUAUUUUAUUAUUUUAAAACACAAUAUUUUUUUUUUUAUUGGUCUUGAAAUGUAUACAAUUUCCGCUUUGACUACUUGCUCAUUAACUAUAAACAUAAAUUAAUUAUAUUUAUUUUGUUAAACAGAGCAAAGAAAAAAAAGAUACAAGAAAAACAGUUUUGAAUUAGUUAAUUUGGUAUUUUGUACAUUGCAAAUGUUGGCUAAAGUAGCUUGAGUAAUUUGGUUGUUUUGAAAAAUACAAUGGUUUUGUUGUCAGGACUACACAAUAUUUAUACACUGGAAAGUAGUGUAUCUAUUUUUCAAAUGAUUGUUUCCCACUAUCAAAAAGAUCAUUUAAUGAAAAAAAUAAACAUUUUUCUAUUUUGUAAUGCA